AUGGCGACUAACCAGAAGGCGGGGGACACGAUCCACGUUGAGACCUCCGACGACGGUCUCGGAUAUCUUAAGGACGUGGGCCUCCACGAUGCGGCCCUUGCCAGUGGUGCCCUUGAGGGCACGGUGCAAGAGCACAGCAUGGGCGUCUUCCAGGCUCUGAAGACGUACAAGCGCGCGGCAUUCUGGUCGAUUCUCAUCUCAACUACCGUGGUCAUGGAGGGCUACGACGUCACGCUCUUGGGAUCCUUUUACGGCUAUCCCAGUUUCCGACGCAAGUACGGUGCAUACCUGAACGAUGAGAGCGGCUACCAGAUCUCGGCGAAUUGGCAGCAGCGGUUCAACUGCCUGGGUGCCUUCGCCAACAUCAUCGGUGCCUUGCUGAACGGCUGGGCGACGGCCAGAUGGGGCCACCGCAAGGUCCUCAUGUUCAAUCUGUUCUCGCUGGCUGGCCUCAUCUUCAUUGUCUUCUUCGCACCCACGAUUGAGGUCAUGCUCGUGGGGCAGUUCCUCUGCAACAUCCCCUGGGGUGUGUUUGCCACGACCGGUCCCUCGUACGCAGCCGAGGUCACUCCCUUGGCGAUCCGAGGGUAUCUCACUGCGUACGUCAACCUGUGCUGGUGCAUAGGACAGUUUAUUUCUGCCGGUGUCCUCAAAGGCCUCGUGAACAACACGACCGAGUGGAGCUACCGGAUCCCAUUCGCGGUCCAGUGGAUCUGGCCGAUUCCACUCUUCCUCGCCGCUUGGUUUGCCCCCGAGUCGCCUUGGUACUUUGUCCGCACGGAUCGAAUUGAGGCGGCCCGGAAGUCCCUGGAGAGACUGACCCAGCCGGAGCAUGGCGAGAUUGACGCUACAAUUGCCAUGAUGGUUCACACCAACAAGCUUGAGCUCCAGGAGCGGGCUGGUGUGACUCUCUGGGAUGCCUUCCGGGGCACCAAUCGCCGCCGGACCGAGAUUGCCUGUAUUGGCUUCCUCUCCCAAAUCACCAAUGGAGGUGCGCUCUGCUACAGCGGGUCCUUCUUCUUCCAACAGACGGGCAUCAGCGCCAAUGCCGCGUACGCCAUCUCGUUGGCUGGGACCGGCAUCGCUUUUCUGGGGACUAUUAUCUCCUGGCUAUAUAUCUACCGAUGGGGUCGCCGCACCAUCUGGCUGGUCGGGUUCGCCUUCUUGGUCGUUAUCCUCUGGACCAUUGGCUUCCUGGCGUUGCCAACGCAGACCAAGAGUCUGGCGUGGGGACAAUCUAUUCUGUGCCUGGUCUGGUUGGGGGCGUACUCGAUGUCGGUUGGACCCAUCAUUUACACGCUCGUCGCCGAGAUUGGAUCGACCCGACUGCGCACGCAGACUGUGGUGCUGGCUCGCAGCACGUAUUAUGUUGGAAACAUCAUCUGCGGUGGACUGCUUCAGCCCGAGCUGAUUUCUCCGGGCGCAUGGAAUGCCAAGGGCAAGACUGCUUUCUUCUGGGCCGGCCUCGCGACGUUGACCUUCCUGUGGGGCUAUUUCCGCCUGUUUGAGACCAAGGACCGGACGUUUGGCGAACUGGACUUCAUGUUCCAGAACAGCGUCCCGGCUCGGAAGUCUGCCAAGUAUCAGAUCAGGGAGGAGGAGCUUUACGCGGCAGACAGCGAGGAGAAGAAGCCAUGA